UGUCACUGUGACAGUCACCGAAUCAUCUUGGAGUUGUGACGAACCGAACGCCAUUAUCGGAUUUGAAACUAUUUUCAUUGUGUUUUUGUAAUAUUAUUGAUCAAAGUACGUUAAAAUGAGUGAAUUAGUUUGGGGUAUCAAAAAUGGUGAUAUAGACCAAGUGAAAGACAUAAUCGAAAACAAGAAAAUCGACGUAAAUGCGUUGAUAGACGGGCGAGUGCCGCUGCACUACGCGGCCGACUACGGACAGACCGUCGUCCUCAACUACCUGCUGGAUAAAGGAGCUGAUCCCAACAUGUUGGAUAAGCAUGGAAUAUCAGUCAUACUGGCUGCUAUUUGGGAAGGGCACACUGACUGUGUGAAAACACUACUUAAAAAUGGUGCUUCAAAGGAUGGAAAAACCCCAGAUGGAACCCCAUACAUUGAGGCUGCUGAAAAAGAUGAAAUUAAGGAGUUGCUUACAUAGGAAAAAUCUUAUUUGAAACACUGUUAAUCUACUCGCUCACAUGGAUUAUUUUUUAUGCUAUAUCAGUGAGAAACUGCAUAAGAGUAUUCUUGCAAAUAUGAUCUAUUUUUACAUGCAUUUAUUUGACUUACGGCGGUUGCAUUAUUUUUAUAAUAUAGUAUGAGAAAAAUAAGAAAAUUAUUAUGUAUUUUGAUUAUGCGUCCAUUUAGAGGUAGUGUUUGUAUGAAUUAAAGGGCCUGUUCUCUAAUUAGAAAUUAAUUAUUUAAGUUAUAUAAGAUACUAUUCAAUUCCAUGAGAACAACUAUGUAAGGUGUAAUUUUAUUGAUAAAAUAAAAUAAACACAGUUCA